UCUUAACCUCCAGUCUGCAUGAGAUACAAGAGAGAAAACUCUUUAUUGCCUGUACUGCAAGUAUAUUUUUUGGAAUUUAUUACACAUGAAUAGUAGCUCAGCCAUAAUGGACUUUGAGAGCACUGAUAAGAUUACCUUUGACAUCUUAGAAAGUGACGUGUGGUCUCUGUCAGAUGGAAACUACAGCUACAACUACAGUGACAAUGACAGCGAUACGUGUUGUGUAGGACAAGUGUGCAGCCCACAAGACAUUAUGAAGUUCACCACAUUCUUCUUGCCUACCUUUUACACCAUGAUCUUCAUUUUGGGCAUUCUGGGAAAUGGCUUGGUGAUUGCUGUUCUUCUCCAUUUCAAGCGCUCCUGGAAUGUCACAGACACGUUCAUUCUACACCUUGCAGUGGCUGACACCUUACUUGUGGUGACCCUUCCCUUCUGGGCAGUAGAAGCUGUACAAGGCUGGGUAUUUGGAACACCAUUCUGCAAAAUUGUUGGUGCAACAUUUCAGGUGAAUUUUUACUGUGGCAUCUUCCUCCUCUGCUGUAUCAGUCUGGACCGUUACCUCUCUAUUGUCCACGCUGUGCAGAUGUACAGUCGCAGGAAGCCUUUUGCAGUUCAGGCAAGCUGUUUUUGCGUGUGGGCCUUUUGCAUUCUUAUGAGUAUCCCUGACUUAAUCUUCAUGGAGUCAGUCAAAGAAAGCAGGCAGGAUGACAGGAUGUUCUGUAUCCACUUUUAUAACUCCACGGAUGCCAAAUCUUGGCGCCUGUCCACCAAGUUGCUUUACCACAUUCUGGGCUUUUUUAUUCCCUCCACUGUUAUGUUGUUCUGCUAUUCCAUGAUCAUGCACACCCUAGGGAGAUCAUUUGGACAACAGAAGCAGAAGGCUAUGAAAGUCAUACUAGCCCUAGUGCUGACAUUUUUUAUUUGCUGGACCCCAUACAACAUCACCGUAUUUGUGGAAACACUUGUCACCCAUGGUGUUGUCCAAGACUCCUGUACACGUCGUGACUCCUUGGAUAUUGCCACGACCAUCACAUCCAGUCUGGGCUACAUGCACUGCUGCCUGAACCCCAUUCUUUAUGCCUUUGUCGGAGUGAAGUUUCGAAAAAACUUGCUGACUGCUAUGAAUGCACUGGGCUGCAACAUCAAGAAGUACGCCACACCAUCUGGUCGGAGAAGUUCUGCCUGGUCCGAGUCUGGAGACACGUCUUUUUCUGGCCUCUGAGCUGACAGCCAUUACCACAAUGACACAUGAAAACUCUGCCAUAUGUCUCGCAUUCAUUUUAUUAAAAUGAAAUCUGAAAUUAACACAAAACCCAUGAAUUCUAUUAAGAGUGGGGAGGUGCCUGUGAACUAGGAUUAAAGGCCUUGAAAAGAGAGACUGAGAAACACCACUUUGCUUGAUUGAGAUGGCUUUAAUAUUUAGCAAUGAUUCUGUCUGUAAUCUCAAAUCUUUAAGAGUGUACAUAUAAUUAAUGUUGCCUGCCUCAUAUUGUGAGGAAAAGUUUUGAAGACAUAGGAUUCCAAGGCCGUAAACUAUUCAAAGAUCAGUCAGUUGUUCUUUAAUGGGAGGAAACUGCAUAUCAUCUGAAGAGAAGUCCUUUUUCUAAAUUGCUUUAUAUAUCUCUUUUUAUUAGGUGAAGUUGAUGAAAAGCUCAAUAUGAGACUUAGAAAUGAUGUACUGGGUGAAAUUUAUUGGUGCAACUGAAGAAGUCUUAACAAACUUUAUUGAAAGCAGAACUAAAAAAGAAUCCAUUCAGCACAUAUAAGCUCAACUACAGUCAUCAGCAGCAUUUUUGGCUAGUUGUGAUGCAGUCAUCCAAAAACAGUAAAGUGAAAAAAGGAAAAGUGCUUAUUGUAGAAGAACAUCUUAUUAGUCUAAACAAAGCUGAGUUGGCAUACUAACUUCAGGAACAAUGAGUCUAUUCAUGAUUCUCAAAUGUCCAGUACCUCCUCUAUUUAGCUCUCUGAAGAAGUUCCACAUUUAUCCAUCCUAAAUCAACUCUUCAUUAAUGUCAUGGUCUUCUCAUGCACCCAAUGACCUCAACGCGGAUAGACACCUUUCUGUCAGUCCCUCCAAGAAUAAUGGUGGCAGAAUGACAUUGUAAAACAGAAACACACAAAAAUAAUCUUGGAAAAGGAGUCCAGUCCAGCAUGGCCAAUACAUUUAUCCACAGCAGCUGCUUUCAAAUGACCAGACAGGCAGCAGACUCUUCCACAGCAUAGUUUUCCGAGUGGUGAUCGAAUGAUGGAAAUUCAUCUGAAUUGUGAGCCUCUUAAGUGCCCUUGUAUUAAUUUAAUUUGUCAAAAAAAUUGUGAUAGGGUGUCUUACUUGUAUCUGAAGAUUUAUUCCAUGUGUUCCAUCCAUCUAUUUCUUCAGGGCUUUGAAGAGUUAGACUAAACUGCAUUCUGGCAUCACAGAGCAUAAGGUCAGGUCACUGCAAAGUAUUGUACUAUAAAUAUGUUUCUGAUGUAAAAUAAUAAUUAUGGUGGUGAGUGGAAAUGGGGUCCUUUGACCAAAAUAAGCAUAAUAAUUGUCAAAGUGUUAAUGCCAUCCACAAGGGCAUGACCUUAGCGUGCAGACACAUAUUCAAGGUAGAUCUCUUUUUUGUCUAAAAGGGUCAAUGAAAGGGGAGACAGCUGGUGAAAAUCAUAAUAAAUGAUUUGCUAGAUGACUUUACCACGUAAAGUUGAAAUUAAGGAUAUGCUGUAUUUGCUUACUUUUCGAUCCCUACUGGACCUGCUACAGUACAAGCUUCCCCCAUGUUAUACACAACAGUUUUACUAAAAUUCUGGUGUACAAAGUCAUUAGUUACUUUUUUCAAUUUAUGAACAGCAAUGAAGUUGAAUUUUCAUGGUUAUAAAACGAAGUCUAGGGAAAGUUAUAGCAGUUUUUAUAGAAAAUUAAACCAGGAGAUGGCAUGGAUAAUGCAGAAUUCACACUGGGGUUGUAAUCAGGAAGACAGUAAUUAAAUAAUAAAGUCCAGGACAUGUAACCAGAAUCAUGGUCAGAGAACAGAGCAGUAGGCUGUAAAGUGAAAAUGGUAAAUGGAACCAGAGCGAAGAAACGAGAUGCAAAUCGUAAUCAGAGGGCAAAAAAAUCCUGUAACCGAGCUAACAAUAUGAAAUAUGGCAAAAGUUUUUCUUUUCUGAGUGCAAAUCUUGGAUGAUUAGGUAUACAUGGUGCCAACUUUUUAAAAUGUCAUGUUAAUGAUGUCAGGAAGCACAACCUUUGGGUCCCAGUAACCAGUCUGCAAUGUUGUUGUGUUCAUAAGAAACAUGACUCAGAUGAAUACAACCACUAGAUUCCUUGACCUCAGAAACUCUGAAAAACAUAUUUAGAUCAUUUUAAGAUGCCAAUUAAAAGUUGCAAGAAAUUACAUUUAUAAGCCAGGUUGUGACCCCUAAUAAUCAUCUUUACAGUAAUUUCAAAACACUUCACUGGGCUGUGGAACAGACCGGAUGUUUAGAGUGUGGCAGAUAUUUGAGACUGGGUAGGAUGUUGGUGACGUGCAAUUACCGUCCAAGUCAUUCUCACAGUUGAAGCUGCAUUCACGUCCUGUGGUUCAGUCAACUUGUCACGUGUUGCAUUCUCCUCAGUAUUAUGGCUUCUGAAAAGAUUGUGAAAUUGUUGAAAAGCGCCUUAAAGGUCAAGAAUCCAUUUCUUUAAAUGUGAAGUGAUACAGGUAAAUAGCCUUAUUAUACAAUUUUUAAUGAAGGAAAAAUAUCUUAUUAAGGUUUGUUUUCGUGAUUAUGCUUUUAAUAAGCUACUUCUGUCACUUGUUCUGUAUUUUGGUGUUAUCUAAACAAGAAUGAAUGGCAGUGUAUCGAGUCAGGCAACACAAAAUGUUUCCAUUAUGGAAAUUUUCAGCAAUGAAUUAGCUUCACAAAAUGGGGGAAGCCUGUACUUUGGUACAAACCAUUUCCACUAUCAUUUCAGCUUUUCAUAUUGUAAAUUUGUAUGUAUUGGAUCUUUAUUUGUUCGAGUUGUUUUUACCACAUUGUCAUAAUUUUGCUCUUAAAUAUAAACCUAUGGUAUAUACAAUAAAUAAUUUAGGAAUA